AUGGGCGCAAGGGAAGUGCACGAAGAUAUGCACGGGAAAUUGGCUUAUAUUCAUCUUUUCCAAAAAGAGUUGACGCCAAGCGACGUUGGUAAACUCAAUAGACUCGUCAUCCCAAAGAAAUUUGCGCUUAAGUACUUCUCUUACAUCCUCGAGACUCUCGAAGGAGUCACUCUCAAGCAGAUGCUUAAUGAUGAUGUGGAGAUCGCGUUCUAUGAUAAGGCGAUGAAGUGUUGGAAAUUCCGAUAUUGUUAUUGGAGGAGCAGUCAAAGCUUUGUGUUCACAAGAGGGUGGAACAGGUUUGUGAAGGAGAAGAAGCUAAAGGAAAAGGAUAUCAUCACAUUUUACAAGUGUACAACGGUUCAUAAUGAUCAUGCACAAUCAUUUUUCUUCAUAGAUGUUACUACUCAUCGCAAUGGGGUCAAUCAAAGUUUCAUGGCGGAAAAGCGGACUACUAAUGUGUUGUUGCAUAAUGACUGGGGAUUCAAUUUGAGCUUGAAUGUGGCUCAAAAGGAGGUGAAUGAAAAGGAAGCGAGAGAUGGCGAUAAUAUGGAUAGUUUGGAAUCAAUAAACAACCAUGUAAAUAAGGAAAAAGGAGUUAGGCUUUUUGGUGUCCAAAUAUGCUAA